AUGCCGAGAAGCAUGGCCGUCGCGGCGGCGCUCGUCGUGCUGGCGGCGCUGCGCACGUCGGCGGCGGCGCGGAGAGAGGUGUCGUACGACGGCAGGGCCUUGAUCGUGGAUGGCACGAGGAGGAUGCUCUUCUCCGGCGAGAUGCACUACACCAGAAGCACCCCCGAGAUGUGGCCAACACUCAUUGCUAAAGCCAGGGAAGGUGGCCUCGAUGUGAUACAGACGUAUGUGUUUUGGAAUGUCCAUGAGCCUGUCAAGGGUCAGUACAACUUUACAGGAAGGUAUGAUCUUGUGAAAUUCAUCAAAGAAAUUCAAGCUCAAGGCCUCUAUGUAAGCCUCAGGAUUGGCCCGUUCAUAGAGGCGGAAUGGAAAUAUGGAGGCUUCCCAUUUUGGCUACAUGAUGUCCCAAACAUUGCCUUCCGAGGCGAUAAUGAACCCUUUAAGCAACAUAUGAAAAGAUUUGUCACACAGAUAGUGAACAUGAUGAAACAUGAAGGUCUUUAUUACCCACAAGGAGGACCUAUCAUCAUUUCUCAGAUUGAGAAUGAAUACCAGAUGGUUGAGCCUGCAUUUGGCUCAAGUGGACCACGUUAUGUCCGUUGGGCAGCUGCGAUGGCUGUAAGUCUCCAGGCAGGUGUUCCAUGGAUGAUGUGCAAGCAGGAUGAUGCUCCAGAUUCAGUUAUAAAUUCCUGCAACGGGCUCACUUGUGGGGAAACAUUUGUAGGACCAAACUCACCUAACAAACCUGCACUGUGGACAGAAAAUUGGACAUCUCGAUUCCUUACAUACGGCAGUGAUACACAACUGCGAUCUCCAGAAGAUAUUGCCUUCGCGGUUGCACUUUUUAUAGCACGGAAGAAAGGAAGUUUUGUGAAUUACUACAUGUACCAUGGAGGGACAAACUUCGGAAGGUUUGCUUCCUCAUAUGUAACAACAAGCUACUAUGAUGGAGCUCCCCUUGAUGAAUAUGGUUUAAUAUGGCAGCCUACAUGGGGUCAUCUCAGAGAACUGCAUGCAGCAGUCAAGCAGUUAUCAGAACCGUUGCUAUUUGGAAAGUAUUCCAGUUUUUUGUUGGGUCAAGAACAAGAGGCACAUGUGUUUGAAACAGAAUCGAAGUGUGUGGCAUUCUUGGUCAAUUUUGAUAAGAGUCAAAUGCCAAAAGUAACAUUUCGCCAUAUAUCUUUUCAACUGGCUCCUAAAUCAAUUAGUAUUCUCUCAGAUUGCAGGAGAGUAGUUCAUGAAACAGCCAAGAUAAAGGCCCAGCAUGGUUCAAGAAUAGCUGAAGUAGUACAAUCUCUCAGUGACAUUAAUACCUGGAAGGCAUUCAAAGAACCGAUUCCUUUAGAUGUGAAAAAGGCUAUGCACGCUACAAGGCAGCUCUUAGAACAACUCUCAGCCACUAAAGAUGAGACAGACUAUCUCUGGUAUACUGUCAGCCAUGAAUAUAGACCAAUUGGUGAUGGCCAGCCUGUACUUCUCAAUGUUGAGUCACGAGCACAUAUAGUUCAUGCUUUUGUCAACAAACAAUAUGUAGGGUCUGUGCAUGGGAGUCAUGAUGAAAGUGACAAUAUAAUUCUGAAGACGCGUGUUGCUCUGAAGGAAGGACAAAACACCAUAUCAUUGCUAAAUGUUAUGGUUGGAUCACCGGACUCUGGACCUCACAUGGAAAGGAAAGUCUUUGGAAUCCGGAAAGUGACCAUACAAAAGGGAAAGCAGCCAGAACAACUUCUCAACAAUAGACUAUGGGGUUACCACGUUGGCUUAUUUGGGGAGAGGAACCACAUCUAUACACAAGGAGGAUCACAGGGCAUUGAAUGGACAACUAUCAACAACACGACAUAUCAUCCCCUUACUUGGUACAAGACAACAUUUGCCUCGCCAGUGGGCAAUGAUGCAGUAGCACUGAACCUUGCUGGUAUGGGGAAGGGCGAGGUCUGGAUCAACGGAGAGAGCAUAGGACGGUAUUGGGUCUCCUUCAAGGCUCCUAGUGGCAAUCCGUCUCAAUCGUUGUAUCACAUACCACGGCAAUUUCUAAAACCUCAAGGGAACACUCUGGUCCUUUUUGAGGAAAUGGGAGGCAACCCAAAACAAAUAACGGUGAACACAGUGUCCGUCAAAAGUAAUGGUAAAGCAGGUAACGAACAUGAGCUUCAUCAUCUUUACACUGCUUGUCUGGGUAAGACUGGGUGUUAUAUUCCCCUAACACCUGCUAAAUUUGGAGGCGAGCGGUGCCCUGGAGCCCAGAAAUCCAUUCUAGUUGUUGCGAUUUGUAAACAGAAUAACAAAUUGAAUUUGUUGGAUGGCAAAGGGCAGCAGAAAAGAGACAGCAAAACAAGCACCAUGUAUUCUUAG